ACUUACGACAAAGUGGAAUUACAGUACUUCUGCAAGUCAUUUUGGAGUAUAACACAAGUAAAUAUCAGGAGAAUGACGACUGCGGAAGGUGGAAGGUGCGCCGAGGCUCCCGCCGUCACGCUUACCCGCCUGGUCGCUCUCUGUUCUGGGCUCGAUUAUGGUCACAACCCCCGCGGUGCCAAGGUGGAGCCGCCGCGCGUUUCUCGGAUCGGUGCGCUCCUCCAGGGGCUGGGAUGCGCACCGGGCACCUCCCGCUUCCUGCCGAGCUUUGGGUCUGAGCAACGGGGGGAGGAGUCCAGUGCAGCCCCGGGGCGCCGAGCCAGGAGGACCCAGUCUACCCGGAGCAGGAUGCCGGUGAUGAGAGGGCUGCUGGCCCCGCAGAACACCUUCCUGGACACUAUCGCCACACGCUUCGAUGGCACCCACAGCAACUUUGUGCUGGGUAAUGCUCAGGUGCAGUCGCUCUACCCCAUUGUCUACUGCUCCGAUGGCUUCUGCGAACUCACAGGCUAUGCUCGCGCCGAGCUCAUGCAGAAGAGCUGUGCCUGCCACUUCCUGUACGGCCCCGAAACCAGUGACCGCUUCACCGCACAGAUUCAAGGCGCGCUGGACGAGAGGCGCGAGUUCAAGACCGAGCUGGUCUUCUACAAGAAAGAAGGCACUCAGUUCUGGUGUCUUCUGGACAUCGUGCCGAUCAAGAAUGAGAAGGGCGAGGUGGUCCUUUUCCUUGUGUCCCACAAAGACAUCACGGACAAGAAGAAGGACCAGGAUCCGGAGCAGGGACCAGAUACAGAUGAGGAGACGGGUCUGGAGGUGCAUCAGGUGACGCGGCCUCCCGGCUUCAACGCCAACCGCCGUCGUAGCCGAGCUGUCCUCUACCAUCUGUCUGGACACCUGCAGAAGCAAGACAAGAGCAAGCUCAAGAUCAACAACAACAUGUUUGGGGAGAAGCCUCCCAUCCCAGAGUACAAGGUAGCGGCCAUCCAGAAGUCCCGCUUCAUCCUGCUCCACUACGGCACCUUCAAGGCCGGCUGGGAUUGGCUGAUCCUGCUGGCCACCUUCUACGUGGCUGUCACCGUGCCCUAUAACGUGUGUUUCACAGUGGUCGGCGGACGGGACGAAGGCAGCGCCCCCAGAAGCCCCCCCAGCGUCAGCGACAUCCUCGUGGAGAUCUUGUUUAUGCUCGACAUUGUGUUGAACUUUCGAACGACAUUCGUGAGCACGUCGGGCCAGGUGGUGUACGACGCCCGCUCCAUCUGUGUUCACUACGUCACCACGUGGCUCUUUGUGGACCUCAUCGCGGCCCUGCCCUUUGACCUCCUGUAUGCUUUCAAUGUCAGCGUGUACUUUGGCGUCCACCUGCUGAAGACGGUGCGUCUGCUUCGCUUGCUGCGCCUGCUGCAGAAGUUAGAGCGGUACUCCCAGUACAGCGCCGUGGUCCUCACCCUGCUCAUGUCCAUGUUCGCCCUGCUAGCGCACUGGAUGGCCUGCGUCUGGUACUUCAUUGGCCGCAGGGAAAUAGAAAGUCCUGGAUCCUGGGACAUUGGUUGGCUGCAUGAGCUUGCCAAGCGUUUGGGGACACCCUACUUCCUGUCACCCCUGACAGCUCUGUUUCCCACCUCUUCUGGCAUCCUCCCAGCCAACAGUAGCCAGUGGAAAGCGUCGAGCUCCAGCGAGUUCGGGGUUCAAGGCCCCUGGAACUCCAGCAAUGUGACGGCGAGGGAGGACGCAUCAGGCGCAGGUUUCGGGGUCCUGGGCGGCGGCCCUUCCAUGCGCAGCAGCUACGUGACAUCGCUUUACUUUGCCCUGAGCAGUCUGACCAGUGUGGGCUUCGGAAAUGUGUCGGCCAACACGGAUUCGGAGAAGAUUUUCUCCAUUUGCACCAUGCUAAUCGGAGCGCUGAUGCACGCCGUGGUGUUCGGCAACGUGACCGCUAUCAUCCAGCGGAUGUACUCACGUCGUUCGCUCUACCACACUCGCACAAAGGACCUGAAGGACUUCAUCCGCGUCCAUCGACUGCCCAAAGCUUUGGAGCAACGAAUGCUGGAAUGUUUCCAGACCACCUGGUCGGUCAACAAUGGCAUCGACGUCAGCGAGCUCCUGAAGGAGUUCCCGGAUGAGCUGAGGGCUGACAUCGCCAUGCACCUGAACAAGGAGCUCCUUCAGCUGCCCCUCUUUGAGUCAGCCAGCAGGGGGUGCCUGCGCUCGCUCUCGCUCAUCAUCAAAACGUCAUUCUGUGCACCCGGCGAGUUCCUCAUCAGGCAGGGCGACGCCCUACAGGCCAUCUACUUUGUGUGCUCGGGCUCCAUGGAGGUCCUGAAAGACAACACCGUGCUCGCCAUACUGGGUAAAGGCGAUCUGAUUGGCUCAGACUCUCUGACCAAGGAGCAGGUGAUCAAAACCAACGCCAAUGUCAAGGCGCUGACCUACUGUGACCUUCAGUACAUCAGCUUGAAGGGCCUCAGGGAGGUACUGAGACUCUACCCAGAGUACUCCCAGAAGUUCAUCGGCGAGAUCCAGCACGACCUCACCUACAACUUGCGUGACGGACAUGGCAGUGACGCCGACUGGGAAAGCAAUGGUGGUCUAGUGAAGAAGCUCCCUUCCAUCCGGGAGGACGAGGAGGGCGACGAGGAGCAGAACUUGAUUUCCCGCGCGCCUCGCUCCCCGCUGCGCCUCAACAGGGGGCUCAACUCCCCACUGCGCUCCCCUCUGCUGCCACCCAGACCCUUCCGCUCCCCUGCUGAGCAAUCCCGCCCCACCACCCUACAGAUACCUGUGGUCAGCUUCAGCGGCGCACCCCCCGAGCUCAGCCCCAGGUUUGUGGACGGCAUCGAAACGGAGAACAGUUCCAUGUCAUCCCAGAAGUUUGAGUUCAGUCCCAGCAUGUCACCUGCAGCACCGCCCUCCCCGUAUCCAGGCAACCGGGAUUCAUCCGAGAUUAAGCAGAGUGUGUACAAGUUAACAGAGGAGAUGAACAACCUCUCCAGACAAGUGUCCCAGCUCAGCCAGGAGCUCCAGGAAAUGACCCAUCUGCUUAAGCCCCUCCUGCAAAGACCGCCACAGCCCGUCUUGGCAGCCGCUGUGCCAAACUUAACCCCGCCUCCCAGCAGUGCCAGCAGACAGUCGACAAGCGUCAGUCUGGCGGUGGCCCCUCCCGCCACGCCAUGCUCCCUCCUCCGGAGACCAGACACUCAUCAAUCCCUGUUGGACUGUGGCGAUAUCGAAGGCGUGGACCUGUCACGAUGCCUUCUCCCGACUCCUCAUUCACCAAAAAGGCCUCAUCCCUUGCCGCCCCCAUCCAAAGCCCCCAGUCUCACCUCGCCAAAGGAAGGACUUCUUGAGGAAUCGCUCAUCUUGCGGAGCCCCAAAACCUCCCCCAGCAUGUUUAUGUCCUCACCGCAGGACCACCCACCGCUGGCCUCUGGCACUCCGUCACCAUCUCUAUCCUUUUCCAUGUCCUUCUCCUCAUCUUCAUCCAUGUCCUCCUGUCGGGGCACCCAACUGUCCCGACCGUCCAGCUGUGUUGUACGAGGAGGUCUGCUCCCACCACCUCCAUCCCAGGACAUGCCUCUACCCCCGUGGCCGCCGCACUGUUCUGCGCCCCCAUCUCUUGCAUCCUCACCCAGGGACCGCCAUUUGAAACCUUCCUCAUCCAUUCCCAUUGUGUCCCCCAUCACGUACCCCCGUCCUUCCCUCUUCUCCCUGCCUUUGUCUCUGGACUCACCAGGCUGGGGCAGACAGCCCGCAGAUUUCCAUCCCAAUCAAGCCACUCACUUCCACCAGCCCACGGGAUUGGGCGGCACUCCCCUGCAGGAGAUGGAGAUGCAGGAGUGGCAGGGCGAGUCAGGAGGGGGGCGGUCCUCCACGGAGAACAUCAGCUUCAUUGACGAAGAUGAGCCGGCAGUGUGAGUGACAAGCUGAGAGUAGCAGCAGGACAAAAAAAAAUGGAUCCAAAGGAGACCAGAUCAGGGAACGUCAGGUGCACUGGUUGUCGUUGGACACAAAGCCAGCAGUCAUGUGAUGGAUCUACAAGAGCACACCUUGCAGUUUUACAGUAUCAUAUGAACAGAACCUCCUUGAAUUCAAGACUGGUUUAAUUUAAGACCCAGCAUGGACGUCUGCUCCCCUUCAAAGUGAAGGUCAUAUCUCAGUGUAGUUACAGAACCACUGACCAUUCAUCAGUUGCCACCCCACACCAAAAAGUGACUACACCGUAUUCAGCCCCGGUCAUCCACCCACCCCCCUCCCGCCACAUUUUUUAAAUCAGUCAGGAAUUAAAUGUGAAUCCUAUGUAUUUAAAAAAAAACCUGUCAGACCCAAGAUAGCCCAGGUAGCUCAUGUCGAAGGUCGGAGUGCUCAGUCCUUUUUGAGCACCCAUUUUUAAAACAACCUUCAAACUUUCAGGGAUUAGAUGGCAGAGGUAUCUGAUGUCAUACGUUGCCCACUAUACGGGGGUCUAUUUGUUGCUCUAAUUUUCAGUUGUCGUCAACUCUGAGGGGGUUAUUCUCCUACAGUGCACCUAUUGACUUGGAAAGAGUUCUGACAUAAAAUGAGCUAAACCAAACUCUCAGGUACUCGGAACAACAAUCCCAUAGAUUUUAAAGGACAUUUGAUUGAAGAUAGCACAAGUAACACUGUAAACGCUCUAGCUACUUAUUGUUGUCGAAGAGGGAACCCUGUCGAUUUGGAAUGAUAUCCAAUACAAGCUAGUUAUGAGGUAGCUAAUGUUAAACGGUCAGGUUGCUCACUACAGGGCACUCUAUUUUGCAACCCAAACUUGAACUUUUAUACACACUAGUUGGAAAAAAUAUCAAACCACCCUUGUUUCGUCAGUUUAUUGAUCCAUUUUAAUGCCUGGUACAACUAAAAGUACAUUUGUUUGGACAAAUAUAAUGACGAUAACAGAUAUUUUUUGAUAAUAACCAAAAUCACUUACGGUAAGUUCAUAUGAGCUAUUUUUGUUGUCAUUGUUAUAUUUGUCCAAACAAAGGUACCUUUAGUUGUUAGGCAUUAAAAUGAACAAUAAACUGAAGAAACAAGGGUGGUCUAAUCAUUAUUUCCAGGACUGCAUACACUACCAGUCAAAAGUUUUAGAACACCCCAAUUUUUCCAUUUAUUUAUUGAAAUUUGUCGUUGUUCAAGUCCAAUGAAUAGCUUGAAAUGGUACAAAGAUAAGUGGGUGAAGUGCUAGAGGUUCAAGAAAAAGGUAAGGCUACCCCAAAACUGAAAAAUAAUGUAUAUUUCAGAAUUAUACAAAAAUGCCUGUUUCAGGUACCACAAAAUGGGUCAACAAUUUAAAGCUGCUCUGCAGAAAUUGAGGCGGAUCAAGCCUUGGCAUUUGGUGCAACUAAUUCCUUCUGGAGUACUUACUACCUCCUCUGUCUGCAUAAAAGCAGUGUUUGGAACACACUGUGGCACUAUACCCUCGUGAGCAUCAGUUGGACAGUAUUGAACUUGUUGCUACAAAAAUGGUAAGAAAAAAGGCAAUUAACAAUGGAAGAGAGACAGACCCAUCUUAACACUUCGAAAUGUAGGUUUUUUCUUUGGAGUGUUCUAAAAAUUUUGACCGGUAGUGUAUGUGGAACCCUGCUGGUUUGGGGAUUUUACGCAAGAUGAAAAGAUGAACUUUCAGGUCCUUCUGUCAACAGUUCUAGUGAUUUCAAAGGACAUUUGACCCAAGUUAGCCCAGUUAGCUACUGUCGAAGAUUUGGUUUCUCGGUAAAGGUUAGCAGUAAAGGUUAGCACUCAAACUGUCGGGGGUUGUUGUUGUACAUCUAAGAUUGAACCCUGCUGCUUUUGAAUGAGUAGAUGGGUUAGAAUACAUCCGGGGUCCCUAUAACAAUAAUCCUAUUCAUUUUAAAGGAUUUGUGACCCAAGAUAGCUCAGGUAGCUAAGGUCGCUCUGAUUUUAAACUAAGGGAUAAUUGUCCUAGAGCUAAAAGAACCCUGUUAAUUUUUUUAUAAGAUCUGAUCAAGAAGUGGUAGGUAGUUAAAUGAGCCAUAUUGUGAGGCUUUUUUUUUUUUUGCAAAGUUGAGAGGUUGGCGUUUCUUGACCUGCACUGGAUUGUUUUUUGCACGUUUAUUCAACAAAACAGUUAGAAUAUCAAAGUGGUCAAUAUUUGGGCACCCCUGAACUUAACAAAUCAUGCAUUUUUUUAUUGUGUGCCAAAGACAAAAUUGCCAUUUAUGAAUGAAACAUAGUGUAGGUGGUUGAAGUCACUCUAGUACCCCAUCCAUCUAUAGGUCACAGUUGAUCAGGACUGUUUACAACCUUCACACGUCACUCCUGAGCUUUAGCCAUCCAACCAUUGGUGCCUUCUCCGCCUCAACACACUCCCGACAUCAGGCAUUUUUGGAGCAAGUGAGAACAUUUUAAAAAAGCCAUCUGAUAAAUCUUUGCACCUUGAUCCCAAAACACAAUUUGGGAAAAUAAAUGUGGGAUAUUUUUCUUGAUGAUCUCUAUAUGUAGCAGUCACACACACACACACUCCCCUUUGCCAAAUGCUGAGCUACUACAAAAUUACACUACCCAUGAUACAUCACUAACAAGUAAACUAGAUUUUAUUUUCUCAAAGAGACUCACUUUGAGGUGGUGCAGGCAGGUGGUGUAUCAGUGGUCUGAUAUGUAUUUAGUUUUGGGGGUAAUCCAAUGCAUGUCACAGUUUUUGUUGCAUGAGGAAUGUGCCUGCGUUUGGAGCCACACCGGGCGGCUAACAUGUAGACAAAUAAACCCUGUGGGAUGGUCUUGUAGAGACAAACAACCCUGUGGGGGGUCUCAGAUGUAUUUUAUUAAUAAAAUCAAAUCAAAAUGAAGAAUGCUGUUAAAUGACUCUCGACUCAAGCGGGGUUAUGACAAUAAAUAAACAUGGUUUUCAUAGUUUUGACUGCUGUGAUGAUUGAUGCUUACUGCACACUUCAUUAGGCAAACCAGGUAGAAGCUUCAAGUGUGCACUGCAUCAUACUGACAACUGUUUCUAAUAUUUUGACCCUCUCCUUUUGCAAAAUAUUAGUUGUGUGAUGCAGCGCAAUUGUACUCCACUUACAACCAUAACAACAACCAUAUUGUUAUAUUUGACAGUCGCAAUCUUAUUACAUUGUGCAGUUGUACCUAAUUUACUGCCCGCUGCGCCUAUAUUCGCUGACAAAGUAGAGAAUGUAACACAAAUAAAGCUAAAUGACCUUUCGGUCAGCCACGUUCCAAUAACAAUGGCCAAUCACGGAGCAGCACAGGUGAAGCUCCGCCCACUGGUCAGUCAUUUUCUCUCCGGCGCUCAAUUCUUUUGACUUGUUUUUGCUGACAGAAUGAGAAUUGUCAUCCUCCAGGAGCUCCAAGGUAAGCAAUGUCCUUAUUGUGUGGUUUAACCUGGGAAGCUAACCGAAGUAAAACCAGCUAAUACAUCAGCAACAGACAUCGCAUUAAGUGGGUUUAUCCACUGCUGAGAUACAAGUAGUUCAACCUCGCCGCCAUAUUGGAUGUGUCAAGGCUAAUACGUAUACUUGGGAAACAGUCACCAAAAACACGUAUUUGAUCUUCUCAGAUGGCUAAGAUAAGAACUUUCGCAAAACUAUAUAUAUAUAUAUAUAUAUAUAUAUAUAUAUAUAUAUAUACAUACACACACACACACACACACACACACACGUGUAGUAGUUUUAAUGCAAUAUACUUUUACAUUUUUCGAGUAAAUUGUUCUAAGCUAACAAUACUCUUAAAUGAGUAGUUUUGUUGGCUACUCCACCCAUCUCUGAGUAGAUAAAUUAAUGUAUUGCAUAUUUUAUAUAAGAAUACAUUUGUGUUUUGAUUUAUUUUUGUCAAGAUUUAUAGUUAAAGGUGUAUUGUUUAAAAUACAUGAAUUUGCUCAUUUUUAGAUUGAUAACUUUCAUGUUCUUAUUUUAUAUUCUUAUGUUAUUGCAUUAAAACUAUAUAACACUAUAUAUAUAUAUAUAUAUAUAUAUAUAUAUACAUACACACACAUACAUACACAAACAGUGUAUAGUUCUUUGGCACUACUUUGUGCUCUAUAGCUAUAAUGUAAUAUGAAUUACUCCUGUGUUGGAUCAAUAAAGUUCUUAUCUUAGCCAUCUGAGAAGAUCAAAUACAUUGUUUUUGGUGACUGUUUCCCAAUUAUAUUAGUGCGUGUGUGAAUGUGCAAACGAGAGGCAUUAACUUCAAUUUCUUUGUAGAAAAGGUGUUUUAUGAAAGCAAGUAUUCACUUACAGCGUAGCCUUGACACAUCCCAUAUGGCGGCGACGAUGUGCAGCUCAGCGCACAAUGCGGCGUCAACAUAUAUAUGUCUGUCAUAUCAGCUGUGUUAACUAGUUGGUUAACGCUAGCUAUCUUACUUCUGUACUACAAAAUGUAGUGGUUUUUUUUUUGCCAGUGAACGUUCGCCUCCGCUUGAGCACCACUAGUGGUCUUUAAUUGUAUUUUUCGUAAUUUUGUAUUUCAUAAUUUGUAAUUCUUGUGACAGCCCUACCUGAGACCCAUUCUUGUACCUGAGACACUUGUUCUUGAUGGUGAUCCACCUUCUUCCACACCUCCUGUUUUUACCCUCAGUGUUUGCAGAGACAAAACCUGGCAUGUUUUCAAUCUUGGACAAACGUAAUUGCCCUAUAAUAAAGCUGACUCAAGCUAGUCAACGUCUCGGCAUCAUU